AGCGGGAGGCCGGACCGAACCAUUCAGUCGCCGCUAAGGGGCCGCAGUCAAUUUUGCUGGUCUUCAUGUCCUUUCAUUCAUUACGGGAUAAUUUGGUUUUAAAUAUAUAUUAUCUGCAAUAUACUUUUUAAUGCAAAGUGUAUGUAAAAUGUCAUUUGAGUGAGCAGAUAUGCAGAAGGCAAUGAAGAUGCAGGUGAAACCUGAUCAGGGGACAGGUGAUUUUACCACAGGUGAUAUAGUAUUUGCUAAGAUGAAAGGUUAUCCUUUCUGGCCUGCCAGGAUUGGUGAAGGAAAAGCCCCCAGAAAUAAGAUUCCCAUCUUCUUCUAUGGGACACACACAACCACAUUUCUUUUCCCCAAAGACAUCGUUCCCUACUGGCCCAACAAAGACAAAUAUGGCCAAACUACCAAGCGUGGUGGGUUCGAGGAGGGUAUGUGGGAGAUUGAGAAUGAUCCGGGUGUGUGCCUUAGAGGUCAAAAGAAAGCGGCUUUAGUGAAGCGACUGCUGGAGUCUCGACCGAACCAAAAAGCCAAGAAGAAGAAAGCAGAGAGUCAGAGUGAUAAGAAGGUCCAGGCUGUGUCUCGUAAAGAUUCGUCGUCAGAGAGUGAAUCGAAACCAGUUACACAGAAGAAGAGAGAAACUGCUGUGAAAAACAAGAACACAGAGCCCUCGGAAACAUCAUCGGAGCAGAAAACAACACGCUUGAGGGUUUUGACAAAGACUGAUGCACCUGAGAGGGACGCGACCUCACUGAAAACCAUCACAUCAGAGCGAAGGAGGUUACCGUCCAGAAACAUCAUCAUAGCACGACGGGCCGCUGUGAGAUCAGCGCUAUCUGCCCGCAAGAAACACACGCUGAAGAGAAAUAUUGUUGCGUCGGUGAAGACACACACAAAGGCUAAUAGUCAGAAAAAGCCUUUAAGGGUCACACGCUCCAGAUCAGAUCUGAAAGAGACCAAACCUGAAGUCACUGACAGAUCUCUGAAUUCAUCCCGUCUGAAACGCAAACGAUCUGAAACCGAAUGUGAUGAGAAGAAUGAGACUCAUGUGUCCCGUCCCUCGAGCUCAGCAGGUACAAAAAAGAAACGACACACAGGAGAAGAGACAUCUCUCACAGAGGAAGCAGAAAAGAUGGAGAUGAAGACGACAGAUACUGAGACGUCUGUCCCAGAGGAAGCUAGAAAAAACAAGAUGAAGACGACAGAUACUGAGACGUCUGUCCCAGAGGAAGCUAGAAAAAACAAGAUGAGGACGACAGAUACUGAGACGUCUGUCCUUAAAGAAGCAGAUAAUGAGAUAAAGAUGACUGAUACUGAGACGUCCCUCCCAAAAGAAGCAGAGAAUGAGAUAGUAUCUGGCGUUUCUGAGACGUCUGUCCAUAAAGAAGCAGAGAAUGAGAUAAAGAUGACUGAUACUGAGACGUCUCUAACAAAAGAAGCAGAGAAUGAGAUAGUAUCUGUCGUUUCUGAGAUGUCUGUCCCAAACGAAGCAGAGAAUGAGAUAGAGAUGACUGAUACUGAGACGUCUCUAACAAAAGAAGCAGAGAAUGAGAUAGUAUCUGUUGUUUCUGAGACGUCUGUCCCAAACGAAGCAGAGAAUGAUAUAAAAACGACAGAUACUGAGAUGUCUCUCCCAAACGAAGCAGAGAAUGAGAUAGUAUCUGUCGUCUCUGAGACGUCUGUCCCAAACGAAGCAGAGAAUGAGAUAAAGACGACAAAUACUGAGAUGUCUCUCCCAAACGAAGCAGAGAAUGAGAUAGUAUCUGACGUCUCUGAGACGUCUGUCCCAAACGAAGCAGAGAAUGAGAUAAAGACGACAGAUACUGAGAUGUCUCUCCCAAACGAAGCAGAGAAUGAGAUAAAGACGACAGAUACUGAGAUGUCUCUCCCAAACGAAGCAGAGAAUGAGAUAGUAUCUGUUGUCUCUGAGAUGUCUGUCCCAAACGAAGCAGAGAAUGAGAUGAAGACGACAGAUACUGAGAUGUCUCUCCCAAACGAAACAGAGAAUGAGAUGAAGACGACAGAUACUGAGAUGUCUCUCCCAAACGAAGCAGAGAAUGAGAUAGUAUCUGUCUUCUCUGAGACUUCUGUCCCAAACGAAGCAGAGAAUGAGAUAAAGACGACAGAUACUAAGACGUCUCUCCCAAUAGAAGCAGAGAAUGAGAUAAAGACAUCAGAGACUGAGAAGAAUGGCAAAAACAUGAAAAGUGACAUUCUCAGCAUCUUUGAGAAGCAGGAGAUAGACCCAGGGAUGAAGAAGAGACCCAGAGAUGAAGAGAAAAGUAAGAUCCUGGCUGAGAAGAGGCAGAGCGUGUUGAGAUCUCUUCAGGGUUUGGUCACAUCUACCAGGGGAAAGACACAAACAUCCACAACACAAACGACACAACACGAGGAUAUGCAGAAACCUGUCGAGAAGAGCCGUGAAGCGCAAGAUGAAAACCGCGGGCCGCUGACACCAGCAGAGGUUCAGAGAGGAGAUACAGAGCAGAACGAAGAACAAGAAGAGAAGAAAGCUGAACAGCAGAACAUUAACAGCAAAGAGGAUGACGACAGAAGUGAGGCGCUGUCUCUGUCCGUCACAGACUCUUUACUCUACCGGCUGCACGGGGACAUCAGAAUCUCAAUGACGCUGGAUAAUCCGGAUGUUAGUAGAUGUUUAUUGGCUCUGGACGAAUUGAGUCGAGUUCCUGUGUCAUCUCGAAACAUGCAGAACCACAGUGAGCUCAUCGACACACUCCGAAAGAUGCGCUGGUUCAGAGGCAGCGAGGCCAUCAUGUUUAAAGCCUCCAUGUUGUAUCAUCGCUUUAAAAACAUUUACCUCAUCGGAGACGCAGACGACACUCUGAGUCAAGAGUACAUCCACUCGCUGCAGGAGGAGAGAGAGACAGAAGAGAGACAGAGAGCAGUGCGACGGGAGGACAGACAGACAGAUGUUAUCAGCGCGACAGGCGUCAGCAAAGAGACCACAGACACAGAUCAAGCAUCUCAAACCACUCAACAUGUCCAUUACAGUACAGCUGAUGAGGAGAGAAGCUGACGUGAAAACACCUGAGUGACAUCACUUCCUGUGUUGGUUUUAUCCACUGUUGUAGAGAGUUUGGUCUCAUCUGUCCUGCAGUUAUUUAUUUAUCAUGUGAUGAACAAACACACUCAGUCCAGUCAAGACAGCUUUUGUAUAAACCACACAUUUCUCUCACUGUCAGUAUUUAAAGAGCUGAUCUGGGGUCUUUUAAAGUCUAUAAUCUUCAUGCUGCUGGUUUUAGAUCGGAUUUUAUAUGUGUGUGCGUGCGUGCGUGCGUGUGUGUGUCAUUCAAAGUUUCAGCUGAGUUCAUGAUCAUACUCUCAUGUUUUGUGAUUUUACUCAGUUUGUUGACACAUUGAGUAUUAAACUCUUUCAUUUAUUCUGUCUGUCCACCAUCAGACCUCCACACUCAUGAUGACUGAUCAAUACUGAAACAAUCAAUCUGAGGCUCAUGUGUUUCUUUGAAGGUCUCAUCGCUGUGAAAGUGAUUUGCUGGAGUGAAUCCUGAUGGUGAAUUGACAGAAUAAAGACUUAAAGAAUAAAGUUUUUUUUUUAUAGAUUUAUCACUAAUAUACUUUCAUAGCCCUCAUCACAGAGCAUUAAUACACAUUGCAGUAUAUAUGUAAUGCUUCAGCUGUAAUGCUGUGUUUUUUAUUUGACCUCUGGUGGCCGUUUUGUAAGCUUAAUGUGACUGUAGAUUGUUACACUACAAUUAAAGGUCAGCUUAAACUAUUCAAGGACUGAUAAUUGAACAAUUCUUGAUAGCAGCAGUUCACUUCAGAUCCAGAGCUAUAGGAGAUAUUACAAGUAUUAAAGACUGUGGGACUCUUUCUCUUCAACACUUCAUUUAAAGCUUUGUUUUCAUGUGGACUGUGUGUUAAAGCAUUCAGUUGGGUUGUUAAAGGGAUAGUUCACCCAAAUAUAAAAAUUCAACACAAAUGAAGAUAUUUUGAUAAAUGAUGGUAAGCACACAGCUGAUGAUAAUAAACAUUGACCUUCAUAGUAGGAAAACUAAUAUUAAUGGAAGUAUUGUGAUAAAUGAUGGUAAGCACACAGUUGACGGUACCCAUUGAAUUUCAUGACAUUUGUUUUUCCUCUAUGGACGUUAAUGGUUGCAAUCAGCUGUGUGCUUAUAAUCAUUUAUCAAAAUAUCUUCUUUUGUGUUCAUCAGAAAAAUAAAUUCAUAUAGUUUUAGAACGAUAUGAGGAUGAGAAAAUGAUGACAGAAUUUUCAUUUUUGGGUGAACUAUAUAUAUGAUGACUAUUUACGUUCGAUGUGAAUUGAAACCGGUGCUAAUGUGACAGAUCCUUUCUGUAAACCACACGUGUCAUAAAUGCAUUAAAA